CCGACUUUUGCCAUACCUAUUUGUUUUAAAGUUGAACAAAUAACGAAAUCGCUAAAAAAUGAUGUUCAAAAUUAUUUUGUCCUGUUGUUUUACUGUGUUGAUGUUCGUGGAUCAGAGCAGUGCCCAACUCGGUGUUAUCCCUAAAUGUCAAAACGGGGAUUGGAGCGGUUGGUUAAACAGGGAUGAUCCAAGCGUAACUGGUGAUUGGGAGACAUGGUCGUCUUUUCCUAGGAAACCAUGUGAAAAUCCAGUGGCGCAACACUUUGAGUUGGUAAAUCCCAAUGAUCCACCACCAUUGGCGCAACAGUUGGUUAUUUUACCUCCCGCUGGAGGAGUUGCCUGUAUCAAUGACCGAGGAGAUAGAAAAUGCCCAGAUCUGAAAAUCAGAUUCUGCUGUCCGAAAUUGCCGAAGUGCGACGAAGAAGGCUACGAUUGGACAGACUGGUAUGACGUAGAUGAUCCUACCGACAGUACAGGCGACUACGAGCUUUUGUCAGAUCUGGUAAGCCAAAACCAGGACAAGGUAUGUGAGAAACCAACUGCGAUUGAUGCCAUUGUUGUGGCAACUCAGGACUCCUGGCAAUCGGGUGGCAAUGUUGACAUGGUGGUGGACACUCAGGUUGGCCUAAUUUGCAAGAAUGAAAAACAACCGGAGGGAAUAUGCUGUGAGGACUACGCAGUAAGAUUUUGCUGUAAAUUAUGUGAGUAUCAUUUACUUAUUAAUCUUACUUACUUACCUGUAAAUAAAAUAGUGUUAACUGAACUUGGUGUUAUCCCUAAAUGUCAAAACGGGGAUUGGAGCGGUUGGUUAGACAGGGAUGAUCCAAGCGUAACUGGUGAUUGGGAGACAUGGUCGUCUUUUCCUAGGAAACCAUGUGAAAAUCCAGUGGCGCAACACUUUGAGUUGGUAAAUCCCAAUGAUCCACCACCAUUGGCGCAACAGUUGGUUAUUUUACCUCCCGCUGGAGGAGUUGCCUGUAUCAAUGACCGAGGAGAUAGAAAAUGCCCAGAUCUGAAAAUCAGAUUCUGCUGUCCGAAAUUGCCGAAGUGCGACGAAGAAGGCUACGAUUGGACAGACUGGUAUGACGUAGAUGAUCCUACCGACAGUACAGGCGACUACGAGCUUUUGUCAGAUCUGGUAAGCCAAAACCAGGACAAGGUAUGUGAGAAACCAACUGCGAUUGAUGCCAUUGUUGUGGCAACUCAGGACUCCUGGCAAUCGGGUGGCAAUGUUGACAUGGUGGUGGACACUCAGGUUGGCCUAAUUUGCAAGAAUGAAAAACAACCGGAGGGAAUAUGCUGUGAGGACUACGCAGUAAGAUUUUGCUGUAAAUUAUGUCCGAAAAAACAGAAGUCAAAUGGAACUGAUCUGGCCACAGGUUCACAAGUAGGAGAGGUUAUAGCAAAAGAAUUGAAUAAAGAUAUAAUCAAAACGCCUCAAACAUAGAUCAUACUUUUCGUCGAUACACUUCAAUCCACUAUAUUCAAGGAAUGCUUACUUACUAUUCAACCAAGCAUUAUUUAUAAAUUAGUGAAAGUGUUGAUCCAUUGCAUGCUCACUAGAAAUGUGACUUUUGUUUAAUAUUCUAUUUAAAUGUUCGCUAUAAUAAUGUCAUUAAUGGUAAAUAUUGUAAUUGAUGCUCUUGAAAUUUUAUAUAUAUAUGUAUGAAAGGAAUUCGUAUGACAACAAUAAAAAAGUGACAACACACGUUUUCCAUUAUUAUCCGAUAAAGAACAAAAGAUAAUUACGCUGAUGUAACAUUUGAAAAUAAAGUUGUACAUAUCUUCAUGAUUUGCAAUUGGGCUUACUGGAUAACUGUACCGUGUUAUGACCGUGCUGAAUGGUGGCUGCAUCAAUUGUAUGUUACAAUAGGAAGUAUAGGUAUAACACCCGAACCGAAAGCCGCCAAUCAAUAGAGGUAGGUGAUGGACAGUACAUAGACAUGGACAGACAUGUACAGUAAGAAGGUGUCAUUAACCCAGGAUAAUUUCUUCGACUGCGCUGGCGGUAUGAUCCGCUUUCUUUUUCAGUAAUCUACUUGUCGCCUCAUCCCUCACAUAGCUGUUGGUUGCUCGGUAUAUUAUAACUAAAGAUCAAGUACUAGAUGAUGAUAUUUUAUUUAUAACUAAUAAUUUUUCUAACUUAACAUUAAGUAACAUAAUAUUAAACUCAUAAAUAUUACCAAUUUAAAUAAUUAAAACCGAAAUAAAAUAAUGAAUUAGGAAAUCACACAUAUAGAAAACUAGGGAUCCGUCAAACGAAAGUGUGAUGUUAAAUUACGGUAACUUAAUUUGCUAAUACUAGUAAAAAUCACAUAUUUAGAACCAAAAAUAAAUAUUUAAAUGUUUAUAAUUACUUAUAUGGAAAUGUCAUA